AAGCUUUCGUGUUCUUCUCUUUCAGUCUUCAUUAGUCACAAAACCGAUUUUUAGGUCUCUGAAUUGCUCCCGCCAAAAUUUGAGAAGAGAAGAUGCAAAUGGGAAUCCGGGAAGAUUUGAAGUCGAUCCUUCCAUUUUUGCCUCUGGUGCUUCGAUCUUCAUCUCUGUUCUGGCCCUCUCAAGUUGUUGAAGCACUUAAAGCUCUAUCUAGAGGACCCGAACACAGCAGGGUAGAGUCAGGAGAGGUUCUCUUCCUUGCUAUCUCUGAUCUCCGGGACUCUCUUGGUCUUUCCUCCGAACGAUUAGAAGUUUCAGCCGCCAAAGGUUAUGCCCUUUUCUUUGAUGAGCUAAUGUCUCGUGUAGAAUCAAGGGAAUGGUUCUCGAAGGUUCUUCCAUCCCUCGCAGAUAUGUUGUUGCGGUUGCCUUCUUUGUUAGAAACUCAUUAUCAGAAAGCGGAUAAUCUUCUCGGUGGAAUCAAAACUGGUCUUCGCAUAGUAGGUCCCCAAGAACCAGGCAUUGUUGUACUGAGUCAGGAACUGAUCGGUGCACUUCUUACAUGCUCCUUCUUUUGUUUGUUUCCAAUCAAUGAUAGAGGAGCCAAACAUCUUCCAGGCAUCAACUUUGAUCAUUUGUUUGCGAGCAUUUAUACCGAUUAUAACCAGAAUCAAGAACAUAAGAUAAAGUGCCUCAUACACUAUUUCGAGAGGAUAAGUACAUGCAUGCCAGCGGGCUGCGUCUCAUUUGAGCGGAAGGUUCUUUUCUGGAAACGUGCUAAUUUUUCUGUUUCUUACCCCAACACUGACUUCUGGAGCAAAUCUGUUGUUCCCCUCUGCCAUUUUGAGGUUUCACAUUCAGGACUGAUUGAAGAUCAGUUAAGUGAGUCUCUUGAAGUUGAUUUCUCCAACAAGUAUAUUGGGGGUGGUGCUCUUCGUAGGGGCUGCAUACAGGAAGAGAUCCGUUUCAUGAUCAGUCCUGAAUUAAUUGUUGGCAUGCUCUUCUUGCCUUCCAUGGCUGACAAUGAAGCUAUAGGAAUUGUUGGUGCUGAAAGGUUUUCAAAUUAUACUGGGUACGCCUCUUCUUUCCGUUUCAUGGGCAACUAUGUGGAUGGAAAACCAGUAGAUUUCUUGGGCCGGAAGAAAACAAGGAUCAUUGCAAUAGAUGCAUUAUUCAACCCAAAAUUUAGACAAUAUAGACCAGAAUGCCUCCUCCGGGAGACUAAUAAGGCAUUCUGCGGAUUUUUCGACCAAUCAAAGCAGCAUCUAUACCAGGAAACGUGUCAGCUGGAAGCACUAUGUAGGUAUAAGGUUGGUCAGGAUGUUGAACCCAGUAACUGGGCUGGUAGUGUCAAGAUGGACAAACCUCCCUUCGUUACUGAGGUAGAUGAUGGAGCAUCUGCAGCUGAAUUGAUUAAUAAGACUCAUAUUGGGAAAAGUAAACAGGCUAAAGACCGGCAAAAUGAUAUUGGGAUUGUAACAGGGAAUUGGGGCUGUGGUGCUUUUGGGGGAGACCCUGAACUUAAGACUACAAUACAGUGGCUUGCUGGUUCACAGGCAUUCAGACCUUUCAUUUUGUAUUGUACUUUCGGAGAAGAGGCCUUGCGAAAUCUAGAACAGGUGACGCAAUGGAUAGUAUCGCAUGAAUGGACAGUAGGAGAUCUAUGGAAUAUGUUAUCAGAGUACUCAUCUCAGAGACUGAAGGGUGAAACUGAUACUGGUUUCUUUACUUGGCUCCUGCCAUUCUUGUCUAAUUAAAAUUGCAAAUCAGGAUAUUCUUUGGUUAUUGAUUGAGCUGGUAAAUAAGCAUUUCCAAGGAAAUGUGGUUGGUGGUUCACCUAGAUCCCUUUGCUAACUGACAAAUACUACAAUUUCAACAAGGUCUAUGGAUGAUGUGACCAAUCAGGAAAAUUUAUCAUGUAAAUUCCCUCUGAUCAAGGAUUUUCACAGGAUGGAUUGAACAACAAUUCCAAUAUGGAUCAGCUGAUCUGUUUCAUAUACUUUCCAAUUUGGAGGAAAAGAUUGGAGGUAUCGACAUGUGUUGAAUCAUUGUGGCCGAUCCAGAUUGCCAUGGCACCUACCUGAUUCUGAUACUUGAAACCUUGUAUCUGAUUGGUAAUUUAUCUGCAUCUUUUAUCAUGUUGUUCCUGUCAGCCACAUGGCCCAUAACCUGCUGUUCUUUCUUCUCUUAACACUUGCUGGUAAAAUUUUGGUGUCUUUAUUAAUGAUGAAACUCCCAAGGAAAGGGGCCUCAUGUUGCUGCAUGGUGAGGUACUAUACAGUUUAAAGUUUACACCACUUGGAAGGGUGACUUGGCCAACAGUUGGAUUCUUUUCUGAAUGCAAGGCAAGCUGAGCUGCAGUCAAAGAUUCUAAUACAACCUGGAUCUGAUUCAGCAAGCAAGCCUUCCACCUUUUCAUUAUUUUCCUUGUAUCAAGUGAGAAAUUGUGAAAAUGUAAUUUAGCUGUUACAAAUGUAUUUACCUUCUUAACAGAAAAAAGUAAAAAAAUAAUGUAUUUACUUUGAUGUCUUUGGAA